CGCAUAAAAUAUUUCCCAAAUUUUAGUACAUUAUAAUAAGAAAAGCAGUAGUAACACAACUCACAUUCUGAAUCUUUUUGUUUAAAAGUAUAGAUCAGGGGUAACUGGUAGAGUAGAUAGAGAAGGAAAUGGAGGAUUCAAACAACAUAAAAGUGAUGCAGCCCAAAAGAAGAGAAGCUUCAGAGACUUACUGUGUUACUGGGGCAACUGGUUAUGUUGCUUCUUGGUUAGUAAAGACUCUUCUCGACAGAGGCUUCAUAGUUCAUGCCACAGUUCGUGAUCCUGCCAAGUGCUUGCACCUAUUAUCAACGUGGAGCGGGGCUGAUCGGUUGAAAUUGUUCCGAGCUGAUUUGAAAGAAGAAGGGAGCUUUGAUGAGGCUGUGAAGGGAUGUGAUGGUGUAUUUCAUGUUGCAGCUUCAAUGGAAUUCAGUGUUAAUGUAACAGAAGAAAACAUUGAGAGUUAUGUUCAGUCAAACAUCAUUGACCCUGCUAUCAGUGGAACCUUGAAUAUUCUGAGAUCCUGCUUGAAAUCCAAAUCUGUGAAAAGGGUUGUUUUCACAUCUUCCAUUAGCACUCUCAGUGCUAAAGACAGAGAUGGGAAAUGGAGAGGGGUUGUAGAUGAAUCUUGUCAAACUCCCAUUGACCAUGUUUGGAAUAAAAAAGCAAGUGGAUGGGUUUAUGUACUUCCAAAGCUUCUCACAGAGGAAGCAGCAUUUAGAUUUGCAAGUGAGAAUGGUGUUGAUCUUGUCUCUGUAAUAACACCUACCGUUGCCGGUCCAUUCCUAACUUCCAGUGUUCCUUCAAGCAUUCAAGUUGUCUUGUCACCACUAACAGGUGACUCUGAGCUGUUUAGGAUUUUAUCAGCUGUAAAUGCAAGGAUGGGGUCAAUUGCAUUAGUUCAUAUUGAAGAUAUAUGUAGAGUUCACCUAUUCCUAAUGGAGCAUGCUAAAGCAGAUGGUAGGUAUAUAUGUUGUGCCCAAAGUUGGCCAUUGUGUAAGUUGCUUAAUCAUCUGGCUCAACGGUAUCCAUGCUCAAACUUGGAGAGAUCUGUGAGAGAUGUUGAGCAAGUUCCUUCAGAAAUUUCUUCAAAGAAGCUAAGAGAGUUGGGUUUUGAGUACAAGCAUGGUAUCGAAGAUAUCAUUAGUCAGACUGUUACUGCGUGUUUAAAUUAUGGCUUUUUAACUCCAAUUAGAAAUUUAUUAAUAGACAAUAUGUCUACCUAAAUGUAAGAAACUUUUUUUUUAUAUGAUCAUGUGGUCAAGUGAAAACCGUAAAUAAAAUUCAAAACAAUCACCAAAGUUAAG